AUGUCUAGCUCCGCUGCAUUUUCAUACGCACAGGCUGCGAAAGGCCAGUCUGCUGCACAGUCGAUUCCGGGAUCCCAGUCGAGUACGACAGGCAGUAAAGCGCCAUCAACAACGAGCACACAAAGCCGAGAUGUCGCUCCUACCCCGAGCACAAGGGCCCCUUCCGUCGCGAUUUCUACCACAUCGAACGAACUCGAUGGCUCCCAAAAUACUAGAAGCUCAUCUGUCAAGCCCGAGGCUUCCCAAUCGAAUAAUAACGAUAUAGACAGUAUGUCUACGAGCGACAAAACCACCGAAGCUUUGAAUCUACCGAAUCAAAAUGGCGAGAAGGUAUUAAGCGAGGUUGUACCUCAAAGUACCGAGAGACGGGGCCGCGGCCAAACACUCAAUUCACAGACUACGGAUGCUGGCGAUAACAAAAAGACGAGAAAAGGUAGAAAGGGCAAGGCAGCUGAGAAGGAAUCGACCCAAGAUGAGGACCAAGACAAGAAGGAAAACCAACCACCCAAGCCGUUGUCCGAGGCGCCGGUGCCAACGGUCAACAUUUGGACACAAAGGCAGGAAGCUAUGGCUGCUAAAGCCAAGGUAACUCCUCCGGCUUCUCAGUUGCGUGCCCCGAACGCCACAAAUGGCAGUCAAUCUGAAGGAUCAUCCAGUCAGGUUCAAGAAAUGAAGCAGAGAACACCCCAAAACGAUGGGGUCGAUGCAACUUUGGCUCAAAGUAGGCCAUUGCCUGGUGGUGUAAGACCCCCAAGGAAGGAUGCCGAGCAAUCGCGGGGAACCGGCAACCAAAAUACUCGCAGGACGGCCCCACGAGGCGCUAGAGCAAAUAAUGGAGAGGACCGGCCGCCGUUUGAAGCCUUAGCCCCGAUCGCAACCAAUACCUCGUCAUGGCCGACGCCCGAAACGGCUGCGAACGAUAUGAAGGUCCAGGCCAACCCUUCGAAGCCUGAAAAGGAGCAAAAGGAGGACUCUGCACAGAACAAACCGCGACAAAAGAAGGGAUGGACCCCUAUUGACUUUGUGCCAACUGUGAACUUUGAGACGCCCCUACCGGCUAGAGGCUUGCGAGGUGGUCGCACUCCGGGUGCCCGAGGCGGGCGGGAUACCGCUGUAAGGGGUAACCACACUCCUAAUACACCAACUGAUCGUACACAGGAGAAUGGCUCGGCUCCUGGAUCUGCUUCGAUGGCGCCGCCAUCAUCUAAGCGUGCAUUUGUAGACACGCCCAUCUCUCGUGAAGGUCGGAAGGCUCAGACACCAGUAGGAACAGGAAAGGUUGUAGGGGACGCAGCAUCGGCAAGCGUGAAGGCCGAUAAAAAGGAAUACCCCGGUGAUUCAGCCAACGGUGUUACAGCCCAACAUGUUCCAACUCGCGCUGCGGGUUCAAACCAUCGUGUCGACGACAGCACCAAGUCGUCAUCAUCACAAACAGUCAAAGAGAACGGUGUAUCUGCCACUAAGGACGCCGUUUUCCAGGGCCAGAAUAACGCGACUCGUAGUGAGCGUGCAAGGGGCAGCACACGAGGACGUGGGGGUCACGGUUCCAUGAAUGGAAUCGCCCAUUCUCAGUCACAGUUCGGCCAAGGGACUUCCGGAUACAACUACCCGUCCAAUGCCAACCUGCGACAGCCAAGCCAUACGUACGCCGCUGGUUAUGCGCAAAUGUCGUAUGGUCAAUACCCAGUUCAGACCUCCGGAAGCCAGCACCGCAGUCGGCCCAGCUCGGGGAACAACCGCUCUCAAGGGGGCGCUAGGCAUCAAUCUUCGAGAUCCGCAUACCCGAUGGUCGGCGCGUCAUACGACCCUGCAAUGUAUCCCCACGGUAAUGGUAGUCCGUAUCCUGCGUACCCCGAUCCUAACCAUAUUUUAAGUGGAGUAUUAUCACAAGUAGAAUAUUACUUCUCUAUCGACAAUCUAUGCAAGGAUUGGUAUCUUCGAAAAUUCAUGGACUCGCAGGGCUUCGUCCCCUUGACUGUUAUUACUACGUUUAAGCGUAUGCAGGAAAUAGCCCAGGACUACCAACUCGUCCGUAUGGCCUGCGACAGUUCCCCUCUCAUUGAAAUCAUUGUGACAGAGGAUGGACAGGACAAGGUUCGACGUGCAGAACAAUGGGAGCCCUGGGUUCUUGCCAAAAAUGAGAGGCAUCCCAGUGCUCAGAAUGAUGGACCGGCGCACUACCGCCAAUUCACCAACCCACCGGCUUUCUGGCCUCAAAUGGUGUCUUACGGGGGUGACAUGCCUCCCGUUUACUCACCUACUGGGACUGAACCGAAUUUUGCGCACCACAUCCAUUUGAAUAGCAUUAGCACGACCAUGAAUGGUGUGAAUGGUCAUGUCAACCCGUCAGAGUCGCAACUUUCCGCGACUGUUCCAGAGUUCUCCCCGACUGGUUUGCCUGGAAUGGCUACAGCAAGUCAACAAGACACCAUUUCGUCGGACACUCCUAGCGGCGAUCCUAAUCUAGAGAACCCCCUUAAGAAGGUUGCCGUGCCAUCUUUCGGCGAGCAAGCCAAUUCUCUCACAAACGGUUUCCAUAAACAUAAUGAGCAGAAUGGUACUACCGAGACUCUAUCUGUUAAUGGAGUUGGAGGUGAUCAUGGUACCAAUGGGUACUAG